AUGCUCGGGUCCGUACCCGCUCGUCUUGCGCUCUCCUUAGCGGCGUUCGCAACCGCUGCAAAUGCGUGCGGCGACCAUUUACACGCUCGAGGACACUCGCAUGAACAUGUUAAACGCGGUAUAUCCCUGUUAACACCGCCAACGCGCCCAUUGGUCUGGGGAGAACUCAAUAUCGUCCAUACCACCGACUCUCAUGGCUGGCUUCUCGGACAUCAAAAGGCUUCUCCACCCGAGCCAAAUUAUUCUGCAGACUUCGGCGACUUCGCAUCAUUCGUCCGCCAUAUGAAGGAGAUUGCCAAGGAGAAGGGUGUGGAUUUGCUUCUUGUCGAUUCAGGUGAUUUGCAUGAUGGGACGGGCCUUUCGGAUGGUUUCCCACCCGGGGGCAUCGAUGUGCAUGAUUCAAACCAAUUCAUCAAAAAGCUUCCCUAUGACCUCCUCGCAAUUGGGAAUCAUGAACUCUAUGUUUACAACAGUACUCUCGACACGCAUACCGACUUCGCUCCGCACUGGAAUGGCCGAUACCUCUCCUCAAAUGUCAAUAUCACCAUCCCUUCCAGCUCCGACGCUUCACAAAAUGUCAGCGUGCCUGUAGGCGAGAGAUUUGCGAAGUUCACAACUGCACUAGGAAAGAAGGUUACAAGUCUUGGCGUUUUAUUCGAUUUUACAGGCAACGAUGACGGGACGACGGUCCAGAAGGUUGAGGAUAUGGUUAAGGAACAAUGGUUCUCGGAAGUGAUCGCAGAAGAACCUGACCUCUUCCUUCUUGCUGGACACAUGCCAGUCUCGAAGGACAAGUGGCCGACGGUAUUCAAUGCCAUUCGGGCUGUUCACCCUCAGACGCCGAUUUUAAUUUUUGGAGGUCAUGCACAUAUCCGUGACUGCACUCAGUUUGAUGGACGCUCGAUGGCGCUUGCAAGUGGGAGGUAUAUGGAGACUGUCGUCGGGUCCUAUUUUCCCGCAGGCUUGAAUUUCAGUCAGGUCCCGUCGACCGGGAAUCUGUCUUUCUCGCGUCGAUACCUUGAUACCAACAGGCUCAUCUACGAAUUCCACACCGGUCGAAGCAACAAUAGUUUUGAUACACCUAAUGGACUCGAUGUGUCCCAAGGUCUGAGGGAGCUCGCGGAGAGAUUUGAUUUGAACUUCACCUAUGGAAUUGCUCCUCAGGAUUAUACCCUUACUCGGGAUCCCUAUCCGAGUAAUGGGUCUUCACUGUCGCUUUUCAUUGAACAGGCGGUCCCAAUAGCUCUAAAGUCAAAUACAACACAAGCCAACACACCUGCACUCUUCGUAGCCAACAGCGGGUCUCAGCGCUUCGACAUCCUCAAAGGCGCAUUCACGAAGAACGACCAGCUGACAGCUUCGCCGUUUACUAACUCUUUCUUGUUCGUGAGUGGGGUGGAGUAUGGCGUUGCGAAGCAGGUAGUGGGGAAGUUGAAUGAGGAGUAUGGGGCAGAUGGAAAGAGGAAGAGGAGUACUAGGAGUACUAGGAGGAGGGGAGAGUGGAUGAAGACGUUGUAUGAGAAGGGUGACGUUGAGAUGAGGUAUAAUGCUUGGCUUGAGGAUAUGGAUUUACGAUAUCGGGUUCUGUCGGGUGAAUUGGGGAGGAGGGACGAUAAUGAGACUGUGGGGACGAUGGGCUACGUUACUACAGACUCAUGUCCAGGAAUAGGCGACGACACAAUCCACACGCCACCCCCACACUAUUCCUCCCCAGUGUAUAUCUCAUCACAAGACUCUUCAUCAAACAAUCCACUUCCAGGCGUCUCAGACGACUCCACGCUUGUCAACUUCGUUUUCGCUGACUUCAUCGAGACGGACGUGCUCGAGGUCUUAAACGAGAUCACUUCGGAGCAAGGUGGAGGAGGAGGAAAGACGUUCAGCGAGAGCGAUGUUGCUACUUACGCGAGUUAUAGGACGAACGAAGUAUGGGGUGUAUUUGCGAGUGCUGCUUGGAAUUAA